CAUCCCCCGCUCGGGAUCCCCCCUGCCCGCCCGCCGCGCUGUCACCGCCCGCAGGAGCGGCCGGGCACGGCGACCUGCGCAACCCCGCCCGCUGCGCAGCGUCCUGCUGCGAUGGCGAGCGCAGAGCCCGGCUCUGAGGAUGCGGCCGAGGCUGAAGAAGCCGUCUACGAGGCGAUGCCCUGUGACAGGACGGAGCUGAGCCAGCGCCUGGCCGUGGAGGAGCUCAUCGCCACCGAGGCCAGCUACGUCCACAACAUCCAGCUGUGCGUGUGCGACAUCCGGGCACACCUCCAGAAGAAGCAGCUGCCUGAGCUGGACCUGGAAGGACUCUUCUCUAACACCGACGACAUCCUGCAUGUCUCCAGACGGUUUCUGAAGGCUCUGGAGGCCACGGCCGGCCAGGGGCAGGAGCAGCUGCACAGCAUCAGCACCCUGUUCCAGGAGUUCAAGGAAGAGAUGGAGGCUGUCUACAAGAUCUACUGUGCCAGCUACGACCACGCCCUGCAGCUGGUGGAGAGCUACCGCAGGGAGCCCCGGCUGCAGGAGGAGAUCCUGGACACCCUGAAUGCCACCGUGCCUCACACGGGCGCGUCAGACCUCAGCUUCUUCCUGGUGAUGCCCGUGCAGAGGGUCACCAAAUACCCUCUGCUGCUGGGGAAGAUCCUGGAGAACACCCCGAGCAGUGCCAGUGCCCACUCGGCCCUGCAGGCAGCGGCUCGUGCCAUGGCCCAGGUCAAUGCCAACAUCAACGAGUACAAACGGCGCCGGGAAGUGGCCACCAAGUACAACAAGGCCGAGCACCUGACGCUGCGGGACCGCCUGGCGCGCCUCAACACCCACUCCAUCGCCAAGAAAACCACACGCCUCAGCCGGCUGCUCAUGCACGAGGCCGGCAUCGUGGCCAAGACCGAGGACAAGGAAUACGACGACCUGGAAGAGAAGUUCCAGUGCGUGGCAUCCAGCGUGGCCACGCUGAAGGAGAACGUGGCGUCCUACCUGGGCCAUUUCGAGGCGUUCCUGCUGCCCGCCCCGCACCGCUGUGACCUGCAGGUGGACGAGGGACCUGCCCUGCAGCACCGCCGCCUCUCAGAGCUCCUCCGGGGCACCGUUUUCCCGGAGUUUAAGCGGCGUGUGGACAGGUUGGUGUGGCAGCCCCUCUGCAGCCUCUCAGACACGCUGGAGGGGCCCCAGCAGCUGGUCAAGAAGCGCCUGGACAAGCUGCUGGACUACGAGGAGAUCCAGGAGAGGAAGAGCGAGCUGGGCAGCGUCAGCUACGAGGAGGAGGCAGCCAUGAACACCUACCUGGCCAUCAAUGACCUGCUGGUGGCCGAGCUCCCCCAGUUCAACCGGGUGGCCGUGCAGCUCCUGGGGCAGAUCCUGCGCUCCUUCAGCGCCCUGCAGUUGGACUUGGCUGCCCAGGUCCUGCACCACGCAGAAAAGGAGCUGGAGCAGCUGCCCCACGGCCACAUGCCCCUGCCCAGCUUCUGGAAGGUGGUGGAGGACACGCUGCAGCAGUCGGGUGCCCAGCUCCGUGCCUUCUGCCAGGCCUUCGACACGGUCACACCGAGCCCUGGCACAGAGCCUCUGACCCCCGCUGAGGAGAGGAAGGUGCUUUCCCUUGUGAGCAAGCACGGCCCGGACAAGCUUUACCAGGUGACCAGCAACAUCAGUGGCAGCAGGGACCUGGACCUGACCUUGCUGAGGGGACAGAUCGUGGCUCUGCUGCAGAGCGCCGACACCAAGGGCAACACGGGCAGGUGGCUGGUGGAUGCUGGAGGUCCCCGAGGGUUUGUUCCUGCUGCAAAACUCCGGCCCUACAGCCCGGCACAAGUGCAGCAGCCCGGGAUGGACCUGCUGACCCUGGACAGCGGCACGGAGAGAAGGAGACAUUCCUAUCAAUUCCCUGAAGCUCCCAGGCCACAGGUGGCCACCUUCACCCCAACAUUCCAGGUGGUCGCCGGCUUCUCCUUCGCGGCCAGGAGCCCGCAGGAGGUGACGCUGCAGGCAGGGCAGCCCGUGCUGGUGCUGGAGCCCCACGACAAGAAGGGCAGCACGGAGUGGAGCCUGGUGGAGGUGAACGGCCAGAGGGGCUACGUCCCCUCCAGCUACCUGGUGACCGUCCCCGUGCGGGAGCCCGCGGGCUGGAGCUUGCCCGUGUGAGCGCGGCCAGCCCGCAGCGAGGGCGCAGGAUGGGAGCCGCCAGCUUGGCACACCCGAGGGAACCGCACAGGAGAUGCUGGAGGGAGGCAGCCCCCGGCUGGGAAGGUGGUGGGGGGCACCCGGGGGACACGGCCCGGGGACGCGGGCACGAGGAUGGCACCGGGGAGGCGCCUUUUGAGGGAUGGUGAAGGUGCCGGGUGCGUGUGGGUGUUGGCACAAAGCAAAGCAGCACCAGGCAGUGAGGGCAGGUGGCUGCGGCUGGCCUGGGACCGGCUGAAAUCCCCGCGAGAGACAAAUGCGUCCUGGGGGUGGUGAGGCAGCGUCGUCCCUGCUGGGAGCAGGAUGGAGCAGCAAAGGUGCAGCACUGCAGAGGGGACCUCAGCCAGGCAUGGGGCACUUGGACCCCUGGGCACUGAGCACCUGGACACUUGGGCAGAUGGGCACCGGGCACCUGAGUACAUUAGAAACUGGGCACCUGGGCACCUGGGAAUUUGGCUACCUGGGCAGUGAGAAUUUGAGUACCUGGGCACCUGAGGAUUUGGCUACUUAGGCAGUGAGAAUUUGGCUAUCUGGGUGCCUGAGAAACUGGGCACCUGAGAGUUUGGCUGCCUGGGCACUGGAGUAGCCGAGAAACUGGGCACCUGAGCACUUGAGAAUUUGGUUAUCUUGGCACCUGAGUAUUUGAGAAAUUGGGCACCUAGACACCUGGAAAUUUGGCUAUCUGGGCACCUGGGCACCUGGAAAUUUGGCUAUCUGGGCACCUGGGCACCUGAGGAUUUGGGCCCCUGGGCCCCUGUGCAGCGCUGGCUGCGGCCGCCAGAGGGCGCCCCGCACCAUCUCCCAGUGCCCGCCCGGCUCGUACUGGGAGCGCUGGGGCGGGAGCGCGGGGCCACAGCCCGGGGGUUCCGCCCCGCUCCGGGGCACCGAGAUCGCCACUCCCGGGGCCCCCGGAGAUCGCCACUCCCGGGGCCCCCGGAGCCCCCCGACCCCCUGCGACCCGCACAGAUCCCCGGCGGGUUCACACAGGUCCCGCGGAAAAGGUUUUUGGGAGAAUCAACCCGCGUUGGUCCUGACCUAAGGCUCGGUUUGAGAAUGGAGACAGCCUCCGUCCCACCAUUCCCGAGGUAUCCCAGCUCCGUGCCUCAGCUUCCCCGCGGUUGCGCUGUUAGGAGAUGCUGAUGGGGCUGAGGCGCUCGGGGCAGCCCUGCCACGGUGCCCGGGACCGGCACGGCACGCUGCCCACCCCUCACCUGCUGCGGGCACCCGGCUGGCGUCGCCCCGGCU